GUCAAUGUCAAAAAACACGGUGGCGGACGGGACCGCAAACCGGUUACCGCUACACUCGAACUUUUGUGUACCUCAGUCACGAUCGUAACGCGUCGUCGGCGUCACGGAUGUUUUGAAAUAUAUCCACCGCGUUCCGUUCACGCUUUAUUUUUUCGUUCUCGUUGUUUGCGUUUGACAUUUUCAAACGCUCACAAACCGCCCGACUGCGAAAAAAUAACAAUACGCAAAAAUGUUCGAGAUACAUUUCUACGAAAUUCUACUGGUUUCAAUAGUGAGUCUCGUGUCGAUCGUGGUUUAUUCUCGGCUUCGGAAACCGCUAGAAUACCGGCAGCUUUCGUCGCACGUUCCGUCUGUCACGAAAACUAUAUGGAGUGAAAUGAAAUUUUCGUGGAACAUGGCGAUGGCCAAACCUAAAGAUUUAUUACCACUUUUUAUGGAGCUGAAGAAUCAAAACGGUCUAGUAGUACAUUUCAACCUUGCAGGACAAGCGUGCAUUUUGCUCAACGAUCCCGAUGACUUAAAAAUUCUAUUAUCCAGCACAAAAAAUAUAACCAAAAGCAAAGAUUAUCAAAUUCUGAAACCUUGGCUGAACGAAGGCCUUUUAUUGAGCUCAGGUUCAAAAUGGCAGAGCCGUCGAAAGCUCCUCACAAGCACUUUUCACUUCAAAACCCUAGACAUGUACAAUGUUUCCAUAAAUAAACAUUCGCGGGUGUUGGCGAGAAAAUUGUUGGAAGCGUCCACGGGUGACAAAGAAAUAGAUGUUAUGAAUUACAUAACGCUGUGUUCAUUAGACAUGAUUUGUGAUACUAUUAUGGGGAUUGAAGUAAAUGCUCAAGAAGGUAAAUCUAUUGAAUAUGUGAAAGCAAUCAAAUGUGUUUGCAGAUCAAUUGUUGAUCGAGUUUUCACAUUUUGGUUAUGGAAUGAUUUCAUAUUCAAAAUAAGUGAAAGUGGUCGAAAUUUUUACAAAUCACUCAAAGUGCUACAUGAAUUCACCGACAAUGUAAUAAAGAUUAAAAAAGAGUCCUUAAACAAUUCAAAAAGUCAACAUAAGCAGAUUGAAACUAAUUCCCAAAAAAUGCAAACGAAAUCAUUUUUGGAUACACUUCUUAAUGCUUUGGAAGAAAAUCCUGAUCAAAUGACUAAUAAGGACAUUCGAGAGGAAGUGGAUACAUUUCUUUUCGAAGGUCACGAUACAUCCUCUAUAGCAAUAACAAUAGCUUUAAUAUUUUUAGGACUUAAUCAGGAUGUACAAGAUAGAGCCAGAGAUGAAAUACUGGAAAUCUUUGGUGACUCGGACAGAGACGUGACGAUGGAUGACCUCAAUUCCAUGAAGUAUUUAGAAGCAAUAGUCAAAGAAACACUUCGACUUUAUCCAAGUGUACCAGCCAUUACGAGAGAAAUACAAACUACGUUAAAUAUCAAAAACUAUAGUAUACCUCCGUUGACAACAAUAUUCAUAAUUCCUUAUAUUCUACAUCGAAGCGAAGAUUUAUAUCCAAAUCCCGAGGAAUUUAUUCCAGAACGAUUUUUAGAUGAAGAUAGUAAAUCAAGAAAUAUAUUCGGGUACUUACCGUUCAGUGCUGGUCCAAGAAACUGCAUUGGACAAAAGUUUGCUAUGACUGAAAUAAAAACAGUUAUAUCAACUAUCCUACGGAAAUUGAAGUUCGAAACUAUAGGAACAAAAGAAGACAUAAAAGUCAGUGCGCAAGUAGUGAUCAGAUUAGAUUCAGCUCCAAAAAUUAAAUUUCAUGAACUAAAACAAAUACCAAUCACGAUGUACGGAUUAAACGUGUACACCGUGGUCGCGUUGGUUCCGCUGUUGAUUUUAAUACUGCGCGCGGUGUAUUCGCGCCUCCAGAAACCGUUGGAAUACCGGCAGCUCUCGUCGCACGUGCCGUCGCUAACGAAAUCCUUUUGGGACGAGGUAAAACUAUCGGUGACGGUGGCGACGAAACACCCUAAAGAAAUGUUACCGUUGUAUAUGGAAUUGAUGCACAACAAAGGUCCGAUAGUUCAUUUCAACAUUGCAGGACGGUCAUACGUCUUGCUAAAAGAUCCAGAUGACUUAAAAAUCCUGUUGUCGAACACGCAAAACAUCAACAAGGGUCCCGAGUACAGAAUGCUGAGACCUUGGCUGAACGAUGGCCUUUUGGUGAGCUCGGGUUCCAAAUGGCAAAACAGACGGAAGCUCCUUACCAACACGUUUCACUUCAGGACGUUGGACAUGUACAAUCCUUCAAUAAACAAACAUUCGCGGGUGUUGGCGAAAAAGCUGUUGGAGGCGUCCUCGACGAGCAACAAAGAGAUAUCCAUCACGGAAUACGUGACGCUGUGUUCUCUGGACAUUAUUUGCGAAACCAUUAUGGGCACUGAAAUAAAUGCGCAAGAAGGUAAAUCGGUUCAAUAUGUCCAAUCGAUUAAAAGUGCUUGCAGAUCAGUGACUGAUCGAAUUUUCAAAUUUUGGCUGUGGAAUGAUUUCAUUUUCAGAAUAAGCGGAAGUGGUCGGAAGUUUUACAAAUCAAUCAAAGUGCUGCAUGACUUCACCGAUAAUGUGAUAAAAAAUAAACGGGCAUUGUUGAAAAACGCAAAAAAUCAAAACGUACUACCUGAAAAAAAAUACGGGAAAACGGAAAAUAAAUCGUUCUUGGACAUACUCCUGAACCUUCUGGAGGAAAACCCGGACCAGAUGACCGACAAGGACAUCCGGGAAGAAGUGGACACGUUUCUAUUCGAAGGUCACGACACAUCAUCCGUGUCGAUGACGUUGACCCUGUUGCUGUUGGCCAUGCACCAGGACGUUCAAGACAGAGCCCGGGACGAGUUGUACGGGAUCUUCGGUGACUCGGAUAGAGACGCGACGAUGCAGGACCUGAACUCGAUGAAGUAUACGGAAGCGGUGAUCAAGGAAUCGCUUCGACUCUACCCGAGCGUGCCCGGCUUUACGAGGGAACUGCAGACCACGCUGCAUCUCAAAAACUUUAACAUUCCUCCGAUGACGACGGUGUGCGUGUUCCCGUUUAUCCAGCAUCGCGACGAAAAAAUUUUCACGGAUCCCGAAGAAUUCAUUCCAGAAAGGUUUUUGGACGAAGAUAUCAAAUCAAAACUGCACGUGUUCGGGUACAUACCGUUCAGCGCUGGCGCGAGAAACUGUAUCGGACAAAAGUACGCUAUGAACCAGAUGAAAAUCGUCGUGUCAACAGUGCUGCGAAACGCGAGAAUCGAGACUUUAGGAGACAGAAAAGACAUUCAGAUCAGCAUGCAAUUAGUCAUUAGAUUAGAAUCCCUUCCCAAAGUUAGGUUCUAUGAAAUCGCUUAAAAUUAGAUUUGUUAAUAUUUUAUGUUAAUAAUACACAC